GCGGAAGUCGGGCAGGCAGGCAGGCAGGCGUGGGCCUGGAGCAGGAGCGCUGAUGGAGGCGCAGGCGGCGACCCCGGCCCGGGGCGAAGAGAGGGGGCAGGAGGAGGGGGAGGGGGACGCCAUGGACGCCUUCCUGGACAAGUUCCGCAGCCAGCAGUACCGGGGCCGCCUGCACGAGGACACGUGGGAGCAGGAGUUGGAUAAGAUCCCCAUGUUCAUGAAGAAAGCCCCGGCAGAAAUCAAUCCCCAGGAGAAUCCCGAGUUGGCCUGUCUGCAGUCCCUUAUCUUUGAUGACGAGAGACCUCCGGAAGAGCAAGCCAAGACCUACAAGGAUGAGGGCAACGAUUACUUCAAGGACCGAGACUACAAGAAGGCAGUGGCGUCGUACACAGAAGGGCUCCGGAAGAAGUGCUCGGAUCCCACUCUCAACGUCGUGCUUCUGACCAACCGAGCAGCAGCACAGUAUCACCUGGGCAACCUGCGCUCCGCUCUGAACGACGCCAUGGCGGCCAGGAAGCUCCAGCCCAACCACCUCAAGGCCAUCAUCCGAGGUGCGAUCUGUCACCUAGAACUGAAAAACUUCUCCGAGGCGGUGCACUGGUGUGACGAGGGCCUGAGGCUGGACGCCAAGGAGAAGAAGCUUCUGGAGACGAGAGCCAGGGCGGACAAGCUGAAGCGAGCUGCGGAGCGUGAUGUCAGGAAGGCGAAGGUGAAGGAGAGGAAGGACAAGGUCCAGAAGGGGGUGCUGCUCCGAGCUUUCCAGGCAAGAAAUAUCCAGGUGGCAUCCGCGGCCCCCGAGGAAGACGAGGAUGACGAGCCAACAUGUCCCCAUGGGGGCCUGGGCUCCGAGAAUGCCAUUGGUGCCAGGGUGUCUCUGGAUGACAGCGGCCGGCUCAGCUGGCCCACGCUGCUCCUGUACCCCGAACAUGGCGAGACAGACUUUAUCUCGGCUUUUCAUGAGGACUCCAGAUUCAUCGACCACUUAAUGGUUAUGUUUGAGGAGCUGCCUCCGUGGGACAUAGAACGGAAAUAUCACCCACAUCACCUGGAGCUGUACUUUGAAGAUGAAGCCCGGGUGGAGGUGUACCAGGUGAGCCCAGAGAGCACCUUGCUGGAGGCCCUGCAGCAUCCCAGGUACUUUGUUAAAGCUUGGACGCCAGCCUUCCUGAUCUUGGUGAAGCAGUCUCCUUUUCGCAAGAAUUUCCUCCGGGGCAGGAAGGUGCAUCGGCUGAAGUGAUGGGAGCCCCCCACGAUCAGGCCCAGAGCCCAGGCUCCCCGAGGGCCUGGACACUAGCCUUGACCCAGUGAAAGCUGGUAGAAGAGAUGGGGUGGGGGUCCCUGGGCUGCAGUGGGAGGGCAUCGACCAGGCAAGGAGGGGCCAGCGGCCUGCCCGGGCUCACCCCCAGGCUGCUGUCCAAAUGCCUCCCCUUUUUGGAGAGACUCUUGGCAGACCACUACUUUAAUACAGUAUAAUUAUUAUUUUAAAAAUAAUUUUAUUACCAGCGUAAUAACCAUCUCCAUGAAAACAAAACAAUAAAAUCCUAUUUGAAACCAUGAACCCUGAACUACUUGAGUUUGCUAAUAAACAAAAUCAUAGCAAUAAGUUUCUGAUCAUGCAGCAUCCCCUCCGCUUUUCUGACCGUGAGCCCGUCCAGCUGCUGCUGGGGACAGACAGGGUCUGG